UAGCCUAUAGAAUGGCACACGUAGUGACGAUCAGUGACAGAUGUUCAGCUGGCACGACAACAGACACCUCCGGACCCUACAUAACAGAGAGGUUGGAGGAGUGGAGACCAGGGUUGAGAAUUACAAGGCAAUGUGUCUCUGAUGAUGUUAUCAGGAUUCAGGAGGCUCUCAACAGGGCUGUCGAACAGGCGGCAUCGGACACAACAGCUCACUUGUUCGUAUCAUCCGGAGGAACAGGGCUGUCACCUAACGACGUCACGGUACAGGCAAUAUCACCUCUCUUAGAGAAACAGGCUACUGGUGUGAUGGCUGGUUUAGUGUCCAAGUGUGUGGAGAAGACUCCCUUUGCUAUGCUGUCCAAUCCUCUUGUGGGAAUAACUGGUAAAUGUCUGGUUAUCUGCCUGCCUGGAAGCAAGAAAGCAGUUGCAGAGAAUCUAGACAUCCUCUUCCCAGUUCUAGGCCACAUAUUGGAUCUAAUAAGUGACUCUAAGAGCUCAAUAUCCUCGUUUCACGCCUCCUUGGAACAGAGUGACCCCUUCAAAGCCUCUCGUGGAGCAGAGCACGUGUGUCCUCACAAAAAGGGGGCUCCAAAACAUGUAGUACCAGAUUCCUCCAGACGAGGAGUAGCGUUCAGGUGCCGCCAGUCAACCUGGCCCAUGUUACCUGUGGAGGAGGCGCUGUCUCGUAUAACCAGAUCAGCAGCUUCUCACCCUCUCAAAACAGCAACACUCUCAACUAUCCCGCCAACUCUAGAGGGUCAGGCCCCAUCACACGGGCACGUGACAGGGAGUGUGGUCCUAGCUAGAGAGGACCUGCCAAACUACCGGGCUAGUGUAAAGGACGGGUACGCUGUGGUCUCUGGAGACGGACCGGGGGUCUACCAGGUGGUGGCGGUUUCUAAGAUGGGACACAAUUCUGGGAUCGUGCUGGAGAGUGGGACUGUUUCCAGGGUUACCACAGGUGGGAUGGUGCCGCUAGGAGCAGAUGCAGUAGUACAAGUAGAAGACACAGAAUUAGUAUCCUCUACUCCAGACGGGGAGGAGGAUACUAUCCGGAUACUAUCCAGAGUGUCUGCAGGAACAGAUGUCCGGCCUGUUGGUAGUGAUAUUGCAAAGGGGGAGGUGCUUCUUCCGGGGGGCUGCCAGCUGUUUGCUCCGGAGCUAGGUCUGUUAGCCUCGCAAGGGAUAGAGAGCGUAGAAGUUCGAGUUAAACCCAAGAUAGCCAUUAUCAGUACCGGAAAUGAACUUGUUAAGUCUGGCCCUGAGCUUGCCUCCGGACAGGUUCGGGACAGUAACACUCCAUCACUGUCACACAUGUUACAAGAGGAUGGUUACAAUGUCACACUCUGCUCCCACUUUCCGGACGCUCUGCACGAUGUGUCGGAGGGACUCAGACAAACUGCUUUACAGCAGACUGAUAUAAUCCUGACUACUGGUGGUGUAUCUAUGGGAGAGUGUGACUAUCUAAAAGAAGCUCUGCCGACUGUUGGAGCCACUGUACAGUUUGGUCGAGUCCACAUGAAACCAGGGAAACCCACCACAUUUGCCACUUUCCCUUCCGGACAACUCUUCUUUGGUCUCCCUGGUAACCCUGUCAGCGCCAUGGUAACGUACAAGUUGUUUGUUUUGCCAGCUCUCAGAGUCUGGGAAGGAAGGGAUCCUGCUCCGAGUACUAUGAGAGUAGAGUUACCAGAGACAAGAAACUUGGACCCACGACCUGAGUACAUCAGAGCAGUCUACAAGAAUGGAGGAGUUGAGUUGACAGGAGGACAAUGCAGCAGCAGAUUACUAAGCAUGAGAAGUGCUAACCUGCUUCUCCAGCUACCGCCCAGAUCUGAUACCUGUUCCUCUCUUCAGAAGGGGACUCUGGUCCAGGCUAUGAUCAUCGGGCGACUGUGAUGAGCUUGUGAUGUGGUUUUUAGAAGUGCAAUGUUUUGUUUGGUGGAUGUAGAAACUGGGGAUGUAUAUUUUGAUUUAUUUUGUACAGUCAGCCUUUUAUAGAUCAUUCAGCUAAUUUAUUCCAAUCCAGUAGUAAUCAUCUAUUCUUUAAUAAAAGUCA